GUCAAGCAAAUCGAGACUACAUCAUAGUUGAUUUAUAAUGAAGAUAUCUUCUCAAAUCACGUGCGGCUAUCUCCCCGACAUGUGGGCCGCCUCUAUCCGCAUGAAGCUACAGAUGGGUAUAGAAAGAAGUCCAGUCCGGCACAGAAUAAACAACUCAUUCCUAACAAAAAGAAACGCUCCAAAAACCACCUGCAUCAACUCCAACUCUCCAUCUCCAUCAUGCCCUUCAAAACACUAAACCAAAAAUCCAUCUUCUACACCCUCACCCCGCAAACUGAAAAUCUCCAGAACCCGAUAACCACACUCUUCAUCCACGGGCUCGGUUCCUCGUCUACUUUCUACCAUACUAUUAUACCCUCCCUCUCUGCCGUUUCGACAUGUAUUACUUUGGACACGCCCGGAUCCGGAUUAUCUUCUCUAGGCAAUGCGCCACAGACUGUAGUAUCGAUUGUCGAUGAUGCAAUUGCACUUCUCGAUGCACUUUCCGAACCAGUAGCAAAAGGAAAGGUCUGGGUGGUAGGUCAUUCAAUGGGUGGGAUCAUUGCGUGUGAGCUUGCCAUUAAAUAUGCUCAAAGAGUUGAGGGUUUGGUCUUAAUAGGACCCGUGGUGCCGAGUCCAGCUUUAACUGAAGUUUUUGGGAAGAGGAUUGAAACGGUUAAGAAAGAUGGGCUGGAACCGCUCGCAAAUUCGAUACCAGAGGCUGCGACAGCUUCGGAAGCUACAUCGACCCAGAAAGCUUUUAUUAGGAGUUUGAUUCUUGGGACUAGUACCCAGGGUUAUGUAUCAUCAUGUGAAGUUAUUGCUUCGGCUAGUAGACCGGAUUAUGCUAAAAUCGACGUACCAAUGAUGGUUCUUGCUGGUAGUGAAGAUAAGACGGCGUCUUAUGAGGGUUGCAAAAUGAUUCAUGAUGAAGCGGGUGUAAGUGCGCAGAAGAAAUGUGUUAGAGUUCUUCCAGGGGUGGGCCAUUGGCAUGCUAUUGAGGCGCCAGAAUUAGUGGCAAAGGAGUUUAUAGAAUUUGUUGCUGGUUUCAGUAAUUAAGUGAACAUAGAUAAGACAAGGGAAUUAACAAUAAGGUUCCUAGUACA